AGAUCAGAUCCUUUAUCAUCCUGUACAGAAAAUGCGCUUCUCCAUCCUUGCCGUUAUUAUUGCUUUAACAGCAUCUGUGUCUGUCAGUGCAUGCGCUAGACUGAACGAGGGCUGCCAAACCACUGCGGAUUGCUGCGGUGAUUUUUAUACUUGUGUGCCUCCCCUCACCUUUUGUAAUACUCAUAGGGAAUGUGCGAAUACUCCACUAAAGGGAAGUUGUAGCUUGGGUCACUGGCACAUCGCAACAAUGAAUUACAUCCCUGCCUUCGCAUUCAUGAUACCAUUGUUCAUAGUUGAUAGCACAUGUGAUGUAGUUCGUUGCUGA